UAUGUUUUUUUUUUGUCAGGUUAAUGUUAGCAUUUAUGAGGUUAUUUAAAGCCCAGGAAAUCCAAUCUUUAAUCGUGGUUUGAGCUUCCCGACAGGUAUUGUGGUUUAAAAAACACUUAAGAACUUUUGUGUGAAAAGUGAUAUUUUAUAGAUCUCCGCUGUGAUGAGAAACAAAGGAUUUGUUUCUCAAAUCCUUUGGGGGGGGAGGGAGCAGAACAUUCAGUGGGAGGAACAGUUUUCUGAGGGCGAGUUUCCCGCCGGACAUUCAUCCUGUAACACACCACGUUUACUCUAACGUGUUUGGUUUUCAAGUUUGAUGCUUUGUUUAACUAUUGUUUUUCAACAGAACUAAUGUAUUUGAUGAGACUAAAUGUCAUAACUUGAAUACUCGUAACCCAAACACUGCGCCUGUUCAUGAAUGUCGGAGACAACGACCACAUCUUUACGAGGUUUGUUCCUCAUUUAUGAAGAUUAUUUAGUCUGGAAACUGACUUGUUGCUUUCAUUCGAAUCACAUUGAACUUCCAUGGAGUCUUUGCAGAAGAAACUUGAAGCUUUGUCAGUCGCUUGUCGCUCUCGUCCAGAAGAACCCACCUACCUGCUACACAUAGCCCUGCAGCCUCACUCUUCGUCUGAGCUCUUGGCAGUUUCCUGCUCCAACUUCACGCUUCACUUGCAUAACAAGAACACUCUGAGUCUGAUUGGUCAGUAUCAGGGCCACACUGGGCCUCUCAGUGGGGUCACGUUUGCUCAUAGAUCCACUGACCUGCUCUACUCUGCUUCUGCUGACGGGACAGUGCAUGGCUGGGACGUCCGUCAGCCUGGGUCAAAGGCAGUGCAAACGUUUAAAAGCGACGAGUCUCACCAUUUCUGCAGCUUCGACUUGAACUGCAGCGACACCUUGUUAUGUGCAGGAACAGAGCAGAUGAACAAUGAGGACAGUUUCCUUGUUUUCUGGGACAGCAGAAAACCUGGAGCUGCUGGUUCUGGUGAUGGUCCUCUGGGGGUCUACUCGGAGUCGCACAGUGAUGACAUCACACAGGUGUGCUUUCAUCCUCAGGACAAAGACCGUCUAGCCUCCGGCUCCACUGACGGCCUGGUAAAUGUCUUCGACCUCAGCCGAGGAGCUGAGGAGGAGGCGCUGCUCGCCACCUGCAACAGUGACUCCUCGGCUGGUUCUGUGUGCUGGUCUGGACCAGACUACAACCAGCUACUAUGCCUGAGCCAUGACGAGGGUCUUCACCUGUGGGAUCUAGGUCAGCUAAACACAGAGGAGCCUCUCACCAUCUACAGCACCUCUGACGCUCGGAGUCUGACUCCACUCCCUGGCAGAGGAGGUGUGGAUUACCUGGUGGGAGGACAAUGGCUGGAAGCCACUCAGAAGCUGCUGGUGGUCGGGGGGAUGAACAGUGGAGAUCUGCACCUGAUGGAGUGUGACAGAGAUGGACUCCGACUGCUGAGGAGCCUGGAGGGAGGCCACACAUUGACUGUGCGUUGCUUCAUGUGGAACACGGUGGCAGAAGGGCUUGUCACAGGUGGAGAGGAUGGUCAGCUGCUGCUGUGGAAAGGAGGAGUGGAGCUCACCAAGGAGGGAGGCAAGAGGGAGUCUUUUAAGAGCGAGUCGAGCUUAAGACGCAAAUCCAGGCCUCAUAAAAAGCAUGGCUAUGGGAAGGAAAAAAAAACAUAAAGACUUGAUGGUGUGGUUAACUCCAGAAAAGACAUUUCAACAAAUAACAACAAAAAAUCAAUCAUGUACGUCACUAUAUUUUCUUUUAAGAUUACUCUGUGUGAAAUCUGGAUAUCAGCCAUUGUACAGUGGCUUUGAGAAUUCAGUUUUAUCAAAUUAAAAACAAAAUCUG